AUGGCUUUCAGUCUUUCCUGGGCCUGUGUAAUAUUUGGUUGUAUUUUUGCUUCUUUGGCAGGAACAUCCAGCAUCUCAGAGGCAUAUCCCCCUCUGUGGAAAGAGAGUCCUGGUCAGUUCAGUGACUACAAUGUAGAAAAUGGAAAGUACAUCAUUAAUGUCUGGCAUUACCCUGAGAGACUGGGGACGUAUAAAAUCCUAUUGAACAAGACAGCCAAGUAUUUUGAAAAAUUUGCACCGGAAAAUGAACAAAAUAUUUUAUGGGGAUUGGCUGUACAGCAUGGAUGGCAAUAUCAUACAGGCAGAUUAGCUGAUCCCACCCAAACGACAGACUGCGGCCAUGAAUCUGGGGAUCAUCUGUGCAUCUCUGUGGACAGCUGGUCGGCCGACAUUAAUUAUUAUCUCUCUGCAAUGCCCUUCUUUGCCGCGGUUGAUUCUGGCAUAAUGGGGAUAUCAUCAGACAAUGUCACUGUUCUGCCACCAUCCAAGGAUCAGAUGAGUUUUUGUUAUAAUGUUUCUAGCUGUCAUUCAUCCUUUCCAGAAGUGAUGAAAAAGUGGAAUGAAUUUUAUCAGCAUGUAAAGUCAAAUUCUAGUAACUGUGAUGACUUGUUGAAGUACUUAUGGGCUGCGCAUGUCUCAUCCUUGGAGGUUGCUCGUAAAAAUUUUCACAAUAGGUUAAAAUAUUACUCUAAACAAGAAGCAGAUUUUGAAAGAAACUGGGCUUUGUUCGUGGAUUAUUUGGCUCCAUCCCUCUUUCCUACAACUUUGAUUAGAACGCAUGAAUUCCAAGAGGGCCUGCCAACACGGGUGCUUGUUAGUGGGGAUAGGGCCCCCUUCAUCAAGGACUUUACUGGCUUUCAGAACACAAUCUUGCUUGCUCUAAAUUUUAUCCAAAAAAUGCAUGAGUAUACAGCGCUGGAGAUCACAAGUCUGAAAUGGAUUUCACUGAACAUAAAUCAAGGUAUUGACAAGUUUGAGUUCCUUCUGGAGGCUGCAGGGGAGGGUCAAUUCUCUUGUCUUUUGCAGCCUCUUGAGGCUGCCCUCAUUCCUUGGUUCAUGGUUCCUUCUUUCAUCUUUGAAACCAGUAGCAUAGCACCUUGA